AUGUCGGUGACCAUUCGUUCCGAGAUCGUGGAUCUUGAUGGGCUGAUCCCCAGAGCUGUGAACAAAGAAUGUGAAGACCUGGAUGUGGCGGGGUUGAUCCCUUGGAUAUUUCGGAAAAGCGAUGUCGCGACAGAGGAGCACACCGUAGAGUGGCCGCAAGACGAACUGAGCUUUCGAGCUUUCUUCUACGACCUUGGUUCCUAUUUUAAGGGGCUGCAGGGCCCUAACGUAGGGGUCAUAGAUUACCUAAAAGCCCUGGAGACGAUUACUCUCCCCAAGACCAGCUGGGAAGUCCCAGGGCGAGAAGCUCAUAGAGCCUUCAUCCGAUCACAGGGCUUAAUUUUGAAGGCGCUGGUGAGAACUAUCUACUUUAACCUUGAAUAUGCCGGUGAACCCAUUCCCCGAGUCAAGUUCGAUUCCGAAGUGAUGCAGAAAUAUGUGAUGGGUGGUAAAAAGUUCGCUUCUAAAUCAGAGGGUGCUGCCACCGUGAAGCUUCAAGAAGGUCACAUUCCAAUCGUUUCUUUCACCGGGUGGUACGAAGGACAGACCUGGGACCAAUUUCUGGUGGAAACCCUCAGCAUCAUGCUCGGACAAUUGGCCAAGAACAUCGCCCUACACCAUGUCCACGCCGGGCCUCAUGACCAAGAGGUUUUUGUGGUAGGCUUUCACGGGCGCUAUGUUCACAUCGCCCAUGGGCUUUUCCUGGCUGAUACGAUCAUGAGAGUGCAUUCAGAGGGCUGCUCUACGGAUGAAGUUUUCGCCUUGAAAUUUACUCGAGGCUACGAUCUAACCCUGAAGAAGGACUGGCUGGAAGCCAUGCGUGCUCUAGCCCGGCUGUUCAGGUACCUCUUUAGUGGCAACGCCAAAGUUGGUGCCAUACAGGCCUAUCUGCAAACGAGGAAGGCAGCAGCAGCCGCCGCCGCUGCAGCGAGAAGUGAGGCUCAGAUAUAG